AUGCGUGGGGAGUUUCAUGGUUUGAAGGCCUUAAUACUUAAUGAUAAUCCUCAUGCAUUCUAUGUUCACUAUUUUGCUCAUCAGCUUCAACUAUGUUUAGUGGCCGUAACUAAAAAUCAUUGGCAUGCGAAGCAUCUUUUUGAGAUUACUUCAAGAAUUGUUAAUACAGUUGGAGCUUCAUGUAAGAGUGAUGCUCUUAGAGCAAUUCAACAUGAUAAAAUAAUGUUUCAUUUGUCUAAAGGAGAGCUAAACAGUGGUAGAGGUUUGAACCAAGAGACAAGCUUACAACGAGCUGGUGACACCCGUUGGGGUUCACAUUUUCAUACAUUAAUUAGCUUGAAAAAAAUGUAUGCUUCAGUAAUUGAAGUUCUUGAAAUUAUCAAAGAAGAUGUGGUACAUGAUCAACAAGCUGUUGAAGCUAGUGUUCUGAUAAAUGCUAUGGAAUCUUUUGAUUUUAUCCUUGCUAUGCACUUAUUGAUUGAUAUUUUAGGUGUCACCAAUGAAUUGUCACAGGCAUUGCAAAGAAAAGACCAGGAUAUAUUGAAUGCAAUGAAAUUCUCUGAAGCCAGUACUGAAUUGCUUCUUUGUAUGUCAUGUCUAAAUCCAAGUAACUCAUUCUCUGCUUAUAAUAAGGAGAAAUUAAUUCGGCUUGCAGAACUAUAUUCAGUCGAUUUUUCUAUUGUUGAACUUGUGGCUUUAGAGCACCAGCUAUCGACAUACAUUCUUGAUAUGCGUUCAAGCGAGGAGUUCUCAUCUUUGGACAACAUUGCUGAUCUAGCAAAACAAUUUGUUAAGGCUAAAAAAGAUAUCGUGUACCCCUUAGUUCACCAGCUUCUUGUUUUAGCAUUAACUUUGCCCGUUACCACCGCUACAGUGAAGAGAGCAUUUUCAGCAAUGAAAAUUGUUAAACAUAGAUUGCACAGUAAAAUGGGUGAUGAUUGGCUCAACGACUGUCUUGUUCCAUAUAUUGAGAAAGAAGUAUUUGAUUUAGUUCCAAAUGAAGCUAUGGGAGUUAUGCGAUCUGAUACAGAGUUGAAGCAGCGUCAAUUCGACUUUAUGCAGUGGCAAUGUGGCAUACGGUCCCCUGGCUUCCGUUUUCGCGUCUUAUCAUUCGACUAG